CAAAGUCUUUCAAAGUUUUGACGUUUUUUUCAAAAAUAAAAUUAAAUCGUAAGUAAUUAACAGAGUCGACCAUCGCGCCAGAGACAUGGCCCUGUGGUUACGCAAGGGCAUAGCAAAUCGAUUUAGGGCGUUCAAAGACGUUUUGUCGAUGAGGAAUUUCGCAGAAGGCCCCAGCAGGAUGACGAGCCCGCCGCCCCUGGCGAUCGGGUGCCCGCCGCCCGAUGAAAGCCACCCCUGUAGGGCCAACAAGUUGAAGGGGUUGGUGCUGGGUAUGUACAGCAACCCAGACGACAUCUACGAUCCGGGACGGUUAACCCCUACCGGCGAAAGGUACAACGCGAUGGUGUGCGGCAGACUGUACGAACUGAUCCAAUAUGGCGGCAAACCGCCGGAACAGGGCGAGAUCCGGUUGUUUUUCAACCUCGACGAGGAAUUCAACUCGGUGGCAGUCGUCGGACUCGGCCGCGAAUGUCAAGGCUACGACGUGUUCGAGCAAAUGGACGAAGGCAAGGAAGCGAUCAGGGUGGCCGCAGCGCAGGGCUCGAAGGUCCUGCAGAAAAUGCAAGUGCUGAAGAUUUACGUGGAGAGUUUCGGACACGCGGAAUCCGCGGCCGAAGGUUCCGCUUUGGGCGUGUGGCUCUACCAGGAGAAGAAGAUGAGAAAGAACCAGAUCUUUAUUCCGCAGCUUGAGUUAUACGACGACUGCGACUGGACCGGCUGGCAGAUCGGACUGCAGAAGGCGGCCGCGCAGAACCUCGCUCGGCAAUUAAUGGACACUCCCGCCAAUCUGAUGACGCCGACAUCUUUUGCGCAGAACGCCGUCGAAGUGCUGUGCAAGUCGGGGGUCAAUGUCGAGGUCAAGGUACGAGGCUGGGCGGAAACUCAGAAGAUGUUCGCCUUCCUGGCGGUAGCUCAGGGUUCCUGCGAGCCGCCGAUCUUCCUCGAACUGAGCUACUACGGAGCGUCACGUGACGAAAGACCGGUCGUGUUGAUCGGCAAGGGUAUCACGUACAACAGCGGCGGUAUAUGCCUCAAACCAUGCAACAAGCAGAGAGACAUGCGCGGCGAUAUGGGUGGUGCCGCCUGCGUAGUGGCAGCUUGCAGGGCUGUAGCAGGACUGCAGCUACCGAUCAACGUGCGAGCUCUGGUGCCUCUGUGCGAGAACAUGCCGGGCUGCGCCGCCAUGAGACCCGGCGACAUUGUCAAAGCCAUGAACGGGAAAAGUAUCAAGAUCGAGUCUACGGACACUGCGGGCCGGUUGUGUUUGGCGGACGCCCUAGUCUACGCGCAGAACUUUUGGCCCCGGUUCAUCGUCGACGUAGGAACCAUGACCAACGACAUGAAACACUCGCUGGGCGCGUCUGCAAGCGGAGUGUUUAGCAAUUCGGAAGCUCUUUGGGAGUACAUGCUGGCCGCCUCCAUGCAUACCGGUGACCGAGUGUGGCGUUUCCCCCUCUGGGAUCAUUUCACCAAGCUGGUGGCCCAGCACCACGCGGUCGACACCAAAACCUACGGCAGGGGCGGAGCGCCACGUUGCGGAGAAGCCUGCAAGGUGGCCGCCUUCCUCAACGAGUUCGUUCCUUGCGGCGACUGGUUGCACAUGGAUACGUACGGUGUGAUGUUAACCGACGGAAAGGAUUUCCCGUAUCUCCGUCAGGGUAUGUCGGGUAGACCCACCCGCACUCUUGUCGAGUUUUUGUCCCAGCUGGUGUGCCAUCGCGAAUAACCUCCAAUGUAUACGACCAAAUUAUGAUGUCUCUAUGCACCUCUCGUUUAAUAUACUGUCUAUAGAUUUAAUAAAAUUUUAGUAACGACAAAGAGAGGUUAUUUUGACUGUAGCAGUUAACUGCGGUUUACUGAAAGUCAGAGUCCCAGUUAACCUUGCAGUGUACUUGUAACAUAAUCUCAACCCCAGAUGAAGUUUUUUGAGUGUAGCAGUUGUGGCAACCAGUACUGAACAUCAAAGUUCAGUAAAACUUUUAUUGUACUUGUAAUAUAAACUCAACUCCAAAUUAAGUUUUUUUGAGUGUAACAGUUGUAACAAUCAGUUGUUGAGCAUCUAUUCUUGUCUAGUCUGCGGUUUACUGAAUAUCAAAGUUCAGUAAAACUCGUAUUGUACAACAACUGUACCAGUUGUUGAGCAUCUGGCCUUGCCUAGCGUACGGUUUACUGAACAUCAAAGUUCAGUAAAACUUGUAUUGUAGUUGAAAUAUUAACUCAACACCAAAUGAAG